AUGGCCUCAAACCCCCCUGGCGAAUGCUGUGCUCGCGGCUGGAUUCUCAGUGGCGAGCCCGCUGGAGAAAUCAUCAAAUGUGCUGAUGGGAAGACCGACGCAUACCUGGCUACACCUGGUGCGGAUUUCCCUGCCAAGAAGGAUUCAGCUAUUAUCAUCCUGUCAGACAUCUUUGGCAUUUAUCCCAAUAGCCAAUUGAUGGCCGACAGUUUUGCCGCUCAAGGCUACACCACACUCAUUCCUGAUAUCUUCAACGGCGACCAGGCGCCAGUGGAGAGACCAGCUGGUUGGGAUAUCGCGGCGUGGAUCACCAAGGGCAGUGACGGCAAUAACCCUCAUACACCCGCCACCAUUGACCCCAUCGUCGUCCAAGGAAUUGAAACCUUGAAGAGCUUGGGAAUCAAGAGAAUUGGCGGUGUCGGGUAUUGCUUUGGCGCCAAGUAUGUCGUGCGCAACUACAAGCACGGAAUCGACGUUGGCUACUCUGCGCACCCUUCCUUUGUUGAGGAGGAGGAGCUGGCUGCGAUCACCGGCCCCUUCUCCAUUUCUGCUGCCGAGACUGACGAAAUCUUCCCCGAGAAGUUGCGAAUCAAGUCUGAAGAAAUCCUGAGGAAGACAGGCCUGCCUUACCAGAUCAAUCUCUUCCAGGGCGUCGAGCACGGCUUCGCUGUUCGUGGUAACCCCAACGUUCGAGCGGAGAGGUUUGCCAAGGAACAGGCCUUCAAGCAGGCCGUGGCGUGGUUUGACGAGUUUCUUGUCAACCCAUAA